AACCCGUCCAUUGUUUGCGAUUUUGCCUUUGCUGGACAAAUUCCAAUGAACUUCCUCGCAACUACGAAGUUCGAUUUCUUUGUGAAAUUAAGUCAAUAUAGGACAAAUUCCAAUGAGCUUCCUCCCAACCACGAAUUCAUAUGCUCAAGAAUAUUCUUGGAAUACAGGAAAUAAAUAUAUUGCAAGCAGGCCGAUGUUACGAUUGACCUCUCGCCGUGUCUACUACAUAUGGGGUUUAUCCGAAUUUCAUACUGAAUUGGGGCAAAGAUUGGGGAUUGUGAAUUUUUUUAGGGAAAGUAUUGGGUCUUAGAAAAAUGCCUCUCAAGGUGCUGUCUGCGCUGGACACGGCGCGUACGCAGUUGUAUCAUUUCAGUGCGAUAUUUAUCGCAGGCAUGGGGUUUUUCACGGAUGCAUACGAUCUCUUCUGCAUCCCGCCUGUUUCCAAUCUAUUGGGAAGCAUCUACUAUGAAGAUGAGAUGCCGAUUCGUGUAAAAGCCUCCGUCAAUGGAAUCGCGCUAUGCGGAGCACUGGGAGGCCAACUCUUUUUCGGUUGGCUUGGAGACAGAAUGGGACGAAAGAGGGCCUAUGGAAUCACUCUAAGUUUGAUGGUCGCCAGUUCAAUUGCUUCUGGCUUCUCAAUCGGCAAAUCACCGGAAGCUAUAAUUGGCAGUUUAUGCUUUUUCAGGUUCUGGUUAGGGUUUGGUAUUGGCGGGGACUACCCAUUGUCUGCAACAAUCAUGUCCGAAUAUGCAAAUACCACAACCAGAGGAGCUUUCAUCGCUGCCGUAUUUGGGAUGCAAGGUCUUGGAAUUCUGGCGGGGAGUACAGUGGCUCUAAUUGUGUCGGCUAGCAUGAAGUCAGCAGCGGGUGAUACACCGACAUUCGGGCAGAAGGACGUGGUGUGGAGAAUAAUCUUAAUGUUAGGAGCCGUUCCGGCAGGUUUUACGUAUUACUGGCGGAUGAAAAUGCCGGAGACCGCCCGCUACACAGCUUUGGUUGCCAGAAACGCCAGGCAAGCCGCAGAGGAUAUGUCGAGAGUUCUUAAUCUGGAUAUUUAUGAAGCUGAAUCGGAUGUUGUAAGCAUUCAAAGUCGGCGCCAACAGUUUGGAUUGUUUUCCAGGGAUUUCCUCAGGUAUCAUGGUCUACAUUUGCUAGGCACAGCAUCCACUUGGUUCUUCGUGGAUGUUGCAUUCUACAGUGGUAAUCUGUUUCAGGACGAUAUAUAUCAGAAGAUCGGAUGGUUAAAGUGUCAUUAUGAUAAUCCAUUGGAGGAAGUUUAUCGCACUGCAAGGGCACAGGCGUUGAUAGCAUUAUGUGGGACUCUGCCGGGGUAUAUAUUGGCCAUUUUUCUGAUAGAUCGUAUUGGGAGGUUUAAAAUUCAGCUAAUUGGGUUUUUCUUUAUGUCAGUUUUCUUGUUCGCCCUCGCCUUUGCUUACAAACAUUACUGGCUUGAACACUCUCAUCGAUAUGGCUUUCUGGCGAUUUAUUCUCUGACAUUUUUCUUUGCAAAUUUUGGGCCCAAUACGACUACUUUCAUUGUGCCGGCAGAGUUAUUUCCUGCUCGCUUGCGAUCGACAUGUCAUGGGAUUUCUGCUGCCGCCGGGAAAGCAGGCGCUAUCAUUGGAGCAUUUGGGUUCUUAUUUGCCUCUCAACCCAGGCAUAAAAAAGAGGACUCUCAACGCAGGCAUAGGAAUGGGGACCUUUAUGAUUGUGAAAACUCUUAUCCAACAGGCAUAGGGGUGAACAACGCCUUGAUUAUUCUUGCAGUAUCAUGUUGCUUGGGUUUCUUUUGCACAUUUCUGAUACCCGAAACAAAGGGAAGAUCAUUGGAAGAUAAUGAGGUGGAGUCGGAAGAUGAUGAGGUGGAGCUUCCUCAAAUUGAAGUCUAAUCUGGGGAAGACGGUAGGAAGGGGGAAACGUGGCACACUUUUAUCCGAAAUCUUUGUUUGUAGGAAUGUGUUUUCUAGCUAUUUUUCAAAGAUAGGAAACUAAACUAAGUUUGACUUUGUUAACAAUGAUGUUAUUCCACUUGUAAUGUAAUUUGUAUAAAAUAAUAAUCAUAAUAAUAAAUAUAAUCUUUCUUGAGGAACA